GAGCAGAUCAGCACCGUCACCAGACAGUGGCUGAAGUAAAGGACCUCAUCUGAGGUUACCACUACCUACAUCCCUGUCUGCCCCCAGCAAUCAGCCAGAGUCACAGUGGGUGUGGCUUGUUCAUCUCAUUUGUCCUGGUGAGAAGGUUCCUGCAGUUGGAUCCCUCGAUGCCUGCUCGAGAGCUGCUUGCAUGGUGAAAUUCAAAUCAAUUCCAUGGUUCCUUCCAUGGCGAAAUGUCUGAGAAUUAUCAGAAGCCCAAUGAGUUUCUAUAAGACAAGUGAAUUUUCUCCGGGUGAUGUCUGUACUGGAAAUUGAGAUGUCUUAUUUACCUGCAUUUACUUGUUCUCCUGUCAUAGGCAGGUUGGAAGAGUCAUUGCUGUCCCUUCUUGAAGCACUGUGAUGUGACAAGCUGUGGUGGCUAAAAUUCUCUCUUCCACACAAUCGCUAAAGGCCAGAGAAAUAAGUGCUCUAAUGCAUUUUCUUACCCUGUUCUGGUUUAAUGCAGGAAUGUUACUAUUCCUGGUAAGGAAAGGUAAGCACAGCUGGGAGGUAAUCACAGGAGUGUCCCUGUAUUGUGAGACCUGCCAGGAAUACGGGCAUACCUGUUGGGGCCCAAUGUGGCCUUGUACUGUUAUUCAUGAGAGUUGUGGUGUCACUCUCUCAGAGAGGACAGGAGGGAGAAAGAUUGUUUUUAAGAGAUGCGUUUCAUCCAGUAAGUGUGGCACAGGUCUCACCCGUGUCAACUUCGGCUCCAAAGGCAUAAUAGCCACCGUGCUUACCUGCUGCAGUGGAGAGGAAUGCAAGAACCCUCCAACCUCCAUGCCGCCCAUGAACACCACAUUAAAUGGGAGGAAAUGUACCGCCUGCUACGGUGUGCACAGCCGUCACUGCAAGAGAGAAGUCGUCCAGUGUGCUGGAGAUGAGAUCUAUUGCCUUAAGAUGACUGGGGUGGCAGCCUUAGGAAGAGAAAUCAUAGAGGUCUUCAUUAUGGGCUGUGCCAACAAGGGGAUCUGUGACGAUUUCGAGAAGGGUUUGAUCUCUCUUGCCGGGGUCGAUAUCCUCGGAAGAGGCAGCUGCGUCCUUAAUUCCAAGGUGGCCUCUGGGAUGGAUUGCACCACGUCAGGAUUGUUCAGACGCUUCUUGCCGUUCCUUGCUGUGUUCCUGUCCACCAAGAUGGCUUCUUGAUUUCUCUCCAUUCUAGCAAUCCUGAGAGCCGCUCUGAGCCCUGAGCCAUCCCUCCUGGCCCCUUGCCUGUGCCUCUACAAUCAUGGACAAUGCUACCCAUGUUCAUUUUCAAGUCAGGCAAACAUUUUCUUAUGUUACUGUAAAAAAAACACGACUGAUAAUG